GCGAUAGAGAACGAGAAGUCUCCACCCGCUUUCUAUCAUCCAGAAGCUGGUGGCUACUCGUACGACAAGUACAACUCUCUUGAAGACAUUCAAGACGAAAUGAUCAGGCUGAGGAAAGAGAAACCAGAUAUGAUAUCAUUAAUCGACAUAGGAGAAACACAUGAAAAUCGAUCACUUUUAGUGAUUAAGAUUUCUGGCCAUAAAUCGGUGAUCGGGAAGAAGAUAUCAAUGUGGAUUGACGGUGGCAUACACGCAAGAGAAUGGAUCGCUCCGGCUACAGCUAUGUACAUCGUCCGUGAACUUGUGAACGGCUACGAUUCCGAUCCGUCGAUACAGAAGAUUCUCGAUCAUAUGGAUUUCUACAUUCUUCCUGUUAUGAAUCCAGAUGGAUAUGAGUAUUCACGUAUGAAGGCAUUCAUCACAUUACACUCGUAUUCUCAAAUGUGGCUGAUUCCGUUUGGCCAUCGGAAAAGGAGUUACCCUCAGGACUACCACACCGCUUUGCGACCGUUAGCGGAAAAGGCUACGAAAGCGCUCUACGAUCUGUACGGGACUAAAUAUCAAGUAGGAACUGGUGCCGAUAUAAUGUAUGAAGCGUCAGGAGGAUCGCACGACUGGGCGAAAGGCUCGCUAAAAGUCAGCUAUGCAUACCUCAUCGAACUGAGGCCACAGAACUCAGCAGUUGGUUAUGGUUUCCUUCUUCCCGAACGCGAGAUCCCAGCCACUGGAUUGGAAACAUUUGCGGCAAUUAAGGUGGUCGCCGAAGAAAUGGUGGCCACAAUUUGUGGAACCCGAAAUCAGACGACGGGUCAAACCUAG